AUGACCCGUGCCGUCCAGACCAUCUCCGUGGCCUUACUGGCCACGUCUGUGUACCUUUCGCUGUAUCUGCAGCUGAUCCCUCUUCCUCUCAUCGUCCAGGAGGAAAUCGUGCCUGUGAUUCCCUUCUGGUUUAUUGUUUCCCUCGGCGCUUUCCUCCUCGGCCGCCUUGGCUGGGGCAUCGUCUCGUUCAACGACUGCCCCGACGCGUACCAGGAGAUCCUGUCCGAGAUCGACUUGGCAAAGGUCGACCUGCGCAAGGCAGGCGUUACCGUGGAUUGA